UUUACUUGAACAUUUUUUGUUUAGUUUUAUCAAAAAUUCGUAACUAAAACUAUAAAAUACCGUGCAGGAAUUUAAAACAAUUAUUUGUCAUAUCUAAAAGCAUUUGCGAAUUUUUCGGGAAAAAGGAAUGGAUCAGUUUUCAGGGUUUGAUUCGAAGUCCCUAAAAGAUUCUUUGUGUAAUCAGUAUGGUGUUUCGGAUAAGUCGAUCUCAAUAUCAGAAACAGUGAAGCUGGCCAAUAGUAAGUCAAAAUCAUUACAGCAAGGGCACCAAUUUCGAGCUCCGCAGCAGUUCGUAAGGCAUAAAAAGAUAACGACAUCUGUUGUCUCCAAGCUCAGCGCUAAUAAGAAAAAUAGGACAUGGAAUAAAAAACAGAAAAAUAAUAAAAUGCAAUCUAUUGGAAAUAUUCUUACGCACAAAAUUAAAACUUUUAUUCAGUCUUCAAAUGCUUCGACAUCUGAAAACAUUGAUUUAGAGAAUAUUCGAAAUAUAGAAAACUAUACUUGUACACACCCACACAAAAUAUCAUGUAGUAAUGAGUCAAAAAAUAAUACGUUAGUACCUGCCGUGCUUGACCAUGGAUUUUUGCAACAACAACAUGUACAUAGACGAUUUUCGGUGAACCAAAGAAAUCAGUAUAACCUAGCGCCGAGUACAAUGCAUAAUAAUUUAAGUGCUUGUAGCGGAACCGCAAAUGGCCCAGUUAAUACAUGUUGUGCGGCAGGUGAUUGCAACGCAGCUACUACAAAAGAUAUACUGCCCCCUGGAAGUAGUAAUACUUCAACAGUCAUGCAUAAUUGCGUAGGCGUCAAUAGCCAUUGCUGCAUACGUUCCAAAUUUUUUCUACCUGACAAACGACCGCGCAAAGGCAAUAUUAUACCUCCAACCAAAUUUUUGCUUGGAGGGAAUAUAUCAGAUCCGCUAAAUCUGAAUUCGCUACAAAAUGAAGGCCAGACAAGUUCCUUUAAUAAUACUCCUGCCACAACACCUCGCCAAUCCCCUAUUACAACACCUCCGAAAGUUGAAGUAAUCAUACCGCCAAAUAUACAUGAUCCACUGCAUUUGCUCGAUCCAGUAGAUUCUAGAGAAUACGAAAAACAGCUGACGUCACCAAUGAAAAGAGGUAUAGGAUUAAUGCUAAAAAGUCUGAGUGGUCCAAAGGGCCUGAAUAAAACUCAUAAGCAUCGGCAGCGCAAAAAUCGGAAAAUGAAACGUCGUCGCUAUGAAUCCUCCAAUUCUUCAAUGAACGCAGCUGUAGAUGAUCCGGAUAGUUUCAAGUAUCUUAAUAGUUCAGUUCCUUCCGAAGUUAGCAAUAUAACAAUAUCAGUCAAGCAACAGAUAAACUCCACUUCAACGGCAUCCAAUGUACUUGUACUUAAAUCUGGCGAAGAACUAAGCUCUCUAUCGAAUAAUGCACAUGAGUUAUUAACCGAUGUGGAUUAUAGUAUGGGUGAUGGAAUGUUAAUUAAGCAAGACAAAAAUCGCGAAUUGUCAUUGGAUUUAUGUCUAAAUGAUAAUUCGGGGGAAAACGGAUCAUGUACUGUUAAUCAUAGAAAACGAAAGCUGAGCGAAAAUAUUUCGCAAAAAAAUAAAAAAUAUCGUUCAGAUUCAAUGAACAAGAUUGUAAGUCCAGUGGUACCUCAGCCAGGUGCCUGGGUUCGGCAAAUACGUUCAAUAGCCACCGGUGCGCGUAAAAUAACUUCAAAAAGCUUAUCUAAUAAUGAUACAAAUUCGUGCAACGAAGAAGGAAAAUUUACAAUUACAGAUUCAAACAAAGAGUCAAGUUUGCGCCAUAACGAGGCAGCAGUGGACUUAAGCCUUGAAAGUAAUUUUACGAUAACUGACUCUCGGCAGGUAUUGAAUAUUGUGCCUCAAACAGCUGCUGCUGAGCUAACCGACAUAAGACGAAUAAAACAAAGCAAAACGAAUGCAUGCUCUAAUGAUUUGAAAAAAAGCGAAGUGUCUAGUUUUAAUGCAGCGAAUGCGAAAUACUGCUAUGGAAAUUACAAAAGGCAUGAUGGUUUUCGCAAUUUAAAUGAAUUUAUGGAUGUUCGAUUGAAGGUUUUCCAACGUUUUCCUGAACUUUUUAAAGAUAAGGACGUGCUUGAUAUAGGUUGCAAUAUUGGACAAAUGACCAUAUCGAUAGCUCAAAAAUUAUCACCUAAAUCUAUUUUGGGUAUUGACAUCGAUAAAGAGUUAAUUUCGCAAGCUCGUCGUAACCUUGGAUUACAUGUUUUAAUUCCAGAAGAUAUGAGAAAGAAAAACGAAAUUCCGGAGGAACGGCAAGUUAAUAUUAAAAGAAGGAAAAGCACUAAAAAAUUUAAAAAUUAUUCGGUUUCAAACAACUUCGAUCAAUUAAAUACAAACCGUUUUCAUACCCACCAUCACCAUAACCGCCAAAUCGGUGUGCGAGAUAAACCUGAAGUUGACUUAUUCCCAAUCUCGUUUCCUCUCACAUAUGGUUGUGUUGUUCAAAUGGCAGACGCUUCAAAUAAUAAAAUUGAGCCUCAUUCUCCCGUUCCAACAGCAAUAAACUCAUUGGGCCACCUGGGAGGAGUGACAAUUCCCAGGUCGAGCUUAAUGACUACCACUGUGAAACAUAAUGCAAAUUUAAAAGCAAAACACCUAUUUCCAAAUAACGUUUUUUUCCGAAAAACCAACUACGUACUUAAUGACGAAUCUCAACUGGCAAAUGACGUGCAACAAUAUGAUCUCAUCUUAUGCUUGUCAGUUACAAAAUGGAUUCAUUUAAAUUUCGGAGAUAAUGGAUUGAAGCUAGCAUUUAAACGCAUGUUUAAUCAAUUACGGCCUGGUGGAAAGUUAAUACUAGAAGCGCAAAAUUGGGCAAGCUAUAAGAGAAAAAAACAUUUAACUGCAAAGAUUUUGAACAAUUACAACAGCAUUGAACUUUUUCCCAACAAAUUUCACGAGUAUCUGCUCAGCUCGGAGGUUGGCUUUAGCCACAGUUACACGUUGGGAGUGCCAAGACACUUGAAUAAAGGUUUUUCGCGCCCAAUACAGCUUUAUGCAAAGGGUGACUAUACCCCAAAUCAUGUGAGGUGGUCAGAUGCUUAUUGCCCGCAAACACCUUUCGAAACAUAUCGUGGUAUAUAUGCAACAAUGCCGCCUCUGACAAUGCAAUCUUCAUACCAAGUUACUUCUUCGAUAAGAAGUCAAAAUUGUGCUACACCGCGAUAUAUAGGGGACGGUAAUUCGGGCUCUUUUAGUUGCCAACAAACACCGAUAUAUCAAUCAAGUACUUCGCAAUAUUACAAUCCUUUGGAAACAGAUUCGUACCUGCCUUCUUAUGACGUAGAAUAUUUGAAUCAUAUGUACGUUUUUGCGUCACCUCUGUAUCAAACCGCUUGGUCGCCACCAACUAGUAUGCAAUAUAGCUCCUCGCAUACACCUAUGUUUGGGAGCGUACGAGAUUCUGAGUUAGAUGGUGACAGCAGCAUAAACAACAAUAUUGGCGGAAGUUUUCAUCGGCAUGUGUAUCCUCCCAACGAUGAAAUUUCUUCGCCAAACACAAAUGCUACCAGUGCAUUUAAUUCUAUUAGGGAUACCGACACUGACGAUUCCAAUCAGCUGUCUGCUCAACGUCAAAAGCCACAUGUUUAUGCAACUAAUUGCGAAGAUGGCUCGUCACCGUCACGACAUCAACCAAAUUUAAACGAUCUGGACAAUAGCGAAAAUGGCCUUUUACUUGACGAUGAUGAAAGAACUCUUAUUUUGUCGCCUAGUUGCUGUGAUUUCAAUGAAUCUUAAAAUUUCUGUAAAUUUAAUUAUUAGAAUCAAUAAGAAAGCAGCAAUAGUAAACUUCAUUAUUUUAACCACAACCAAAUUUUAUUAAUUUUUUCAGCCAUUUG